AUGCCCGAGGGAUUACCAAUUGAUCACGAGCAAGCACUGAAUGGCACGAUGGCUGCCUAUGCACAACAAAUAUUGGUCUGCACAGGGCAGAGGGAUUGGACGAGUCGGAUUGAGAAUGACGGAGAGAACGAAACAUGGGGACAUCUUGUUCGAGGACUCAAGCGUUUGCUCGGUCGUGGUGGACCAUAUCUGGAUCCUUUCAACAAUGUCCUCGUCACGACUUCCUCCAUCGCCCCAGCUGCGACCAACUCCACCACAGCAUCCGCCUUCCUCUUCCCCAGCUUCAAAUAUAUUCCUUCCAUACCAGUGGAAACCCUGUCCUCCACUAACGCCACCGACUUGAGAACUUUUGUCCGGGCAUUCCUUCUCCCGGAGCGACUACAUGACAUGCAUUCUUCCCUCCCAGCCGAGAAACAAGCAGGCAUGACUAGGGCCCCAGAGCUAUCUUCGAAGUUCGAAGGAAUCGUCUAUAUAAACCACUCUCCUACAGUCUUGAUUUGCGGACACGGAGGCCGAGAUAUGCGCUGUGGCGUCAUGGCGCCCGCCCUCGAAAGCGAAUUCCAGCGCGUGCUUCAAUCGCAAGGAUUCACGUUCGCGGGUAGCGACAGUUCUACCAUUGAUGGGCCCAAUCAUGCCAAUAUUGGCUUGAUUAGUCAUGUUGGCGGACAUAAAUAUGCCGGCAAUGUCAUUGUAUAUAUCCCGCCUAAGAUGACGGUGGGAACAACUGACGAGCCUCACCCGCUGGCGGGUAAGGGUAUUUGGUAUGGUCGCAUUGAGCCGAAGCAUGUGCAAGGUAUCGUUGACGAGACUAUUCUUGGAGGAAGGGUGGUGACGGAUCAUUUCCGGGGUGGGAUUGACCGCAAUGGAGACAUUUUGCGGAUGUAG